AUGAUAUCUACAUGUGAAUCGGCAAAAGAAGCAUGGGAGAUUUUGGAGAUUGCUCAUGAGGGAAUUGUCGCCGUCAGACAAUUCAAAUUGAAUAUUCUCACAACCAGGUUUGAAAAUCUUCGAAUGCAUGAAACUGAAACUAUUUCUAAAUUCAAUUCACAGUGUGAUAUAACUAAUGAAUCCUUUACUCUUGGUGCAAAAAUUCCUGAGGCAAAACUUGUCAGCAAGACGUUGAGAUCGUUAUCACAGAGAUUUGCCUUCAACGUCACUACAAUUGAAGAGGCGAAAAACACUGAGACUAUAAGACUUGAUGAAUUGAUGGGAUCACUGAGGACAUUUGAAAUGAAUCUGAGUCAAAAUAAGAAGGAGAAGGGGAUUUCUCAGGGGAUUGUUUUCCAAGCAGAAGUGGAAGAUAAUGUUGAAGAAGAAAAUGAAGACUUAGCGGAGUCUCUUGCUCAAUUGACUAAAAAUUUCAACAAGAAAAAUAAGGGAGCUACAAAUUCCUCCAAUGAUAAGAAGAAGAAUAGGGAAAUUCAAUGCCGGGAGUGCGACGGUUACGGUCACAUUCAGUCUGAGUGUGCUAAUACUCUCAAGAAGAGGAAGAAGUCUCUCAACGUCACAUGGAGUGAUGAGGAUUCUAAAGGCAACCAAGAAGAUGAUGGUCAUGUGAACAACUAUGUUACGCUCAAUGUUCCAAACUGCAGUGUUAUAGAUCGUGUCACAGCUCAUGUUGCAACAUCAUCUGCAACACACUUUGGAAAACUAGAAGAAAACAUAGAUUUUUUAGAUUCUGAUGGUUCCAACGAUGGUGAAGAACUAACUGAGGAGACAAUCUAG